AUGGCGGCAGCAUCUCGUGGCUUCGAGUCGUCUUCCUACUUCAAUCCCAGCCCUACCAACGCAGCAUCUAGCGAAUCAAGAGGCAACUCUGCAUCAAGUUUCAGCCGAAUGCCUCUGUACGAAGACGAUGCUCUUGGCCAUUCUCCCUUGUGCGGCGAAGAAACGCCUGCUUCACCCGACUCGCAGUGGACCUCCAACUCGACACCAGCUCUGACCCAUCAGCGAGAGCAGGUUGGAUCAGCAUCCACGAUCCGGGCCUCGAGUACCGUUUCCACUGUCCCGCACACUGCUUACACCAGUCGCCGAUCCCAGACCCCCUUUCUCCGUGGGGACGAGGGCCGCCACGUCAUAUGCGCUGUUAGCGAGGCGCGAGGCAUAACACCAUCAGUCGGGGUGGCUUUCGUCAAUAUUGCUACUGGGGAGGCCAUUCUCAGUCAAAUCAGCGACAGUCAGUUCUACGUCAAGACUUUGCACAAACUCAACAUGCUCGAGCCGUCGCACAUUCUCAUGGUUCCGUCGGCUUGCGCACCGAACCCAUCAUCCUACCUAUACUAUAUGAUUGAACAACACGUCGCUAGCGCGAAGAUUGUCCCCUGGCAUAGGAAGUUCUGGUCUGAGUCAGCCGGGUUGGAUUACAUCAGUGAAUAUGCCUUUCAAGGAGAUGCCGAAGCAAUCCAGGUCGCCAUCCAAGGCAAUUUCUUCACAACUUGUGCUUUUUCUGCGGUCUGUAUUUUGUUGAAGGUCAUGAAACAUCUCGAGGUUGAGCUUUCGCUCAACAUCGUGUCGCACACAUUGCGUAUCCGGUUAUAA